AUGUGCCACUUUCAGGUCUCCUCACACUGCUGGUGGGUUCCAUUUUGUCAUAGGGUGCUGGCAGAUUACGGGCCUCCCAUUGCUGCUGCCAGGCCCGUAAUCUGCCAUGGGCCCCUGUACCGCCUCCUCAUGCUGCUGCCAGGUCCAGAGUGUCUCAUGGGUCCCUGUACGGCCUCCCAUUGCUGCUGUCUCCAUCGCCACACUCUGCCAUGUGCCACUUUCAGGUCUCCUCACACUGCUGGUGGGUUCCAUUUUUGUCAUAGGGUGCUGUAUGGCCUCCCAUUGCUGCUGCCUCCACCGCCACACUGUGGCUCCACACUCUGGUUUUGGCCCCGUGACUGCCCAAAUGAGUGAAGUGUGCGGUGAUUCUAAGAUCGACGGCACUCAUCUGCAUGUCAUACUG